UUACUUGGUCAAUCACUACGUGUAUUGAUUUCACAAUUCACACCGUAUAUGAUCCUGGCGUAAUAACAGACGCGUUUAAAAUGUCGUACAUCCCGGAAAGAUUCCCAAGAUACAAGGAUUAUGCUCUCCCACCAUUUCCACCACUGAAAGGCAACAUUUCUGGACAUUUAGACAAAAUUAAGGACUUCGAAUCGCGAGAUUCAGAUAUUUUCAUCUGUACUUUUCCAAAGUCAGGGACAAACUGGAUCAAUGAAAUCGUCAGUAUGAUCAGUAAAGGUCGGUCAGAAUAUAGCGAAGUGUAUAAAAAUACCGCUAUGUUGGAAGCCCUUCCUAGUUUUGGAGCUCUCCAUGAUGUUCCAGAAAGUACUACACGAAUCAUAAACUCUCAUUUGCCGUUUGCGGACCUCCCAUCGAAGCAUAUACAGAAUGGAUACAAAGUUGUCCAUUUUCUUCGUAAUCCUAAAGAUGUUGCUGUGUCGUUUUACAACCACCUGACUAAUAUAAAGGACUUCACGACAAUGCAAGCACCGAAAGACUACCCAGCCAGUUGGCCUCUAUAUAUAGAACAUUACUGCCGAGGAGAAGAAUUUUACGGGGGUUGGUUCAACUAUGAAAAAGGUUUCGAGAAAGCAAAGGAAACCGGUGAAUUAUCUAAUGUAUUCACAGCCCAUUAUGAACAACUGAAACAGGAUCCAUUACCCGUACUAAGAGCCCUGGCCAAUUUCCUUGGUGUGAAGGCCACAGAUGAACUGCUGGAGGACAUCAACGAACGAUGCUCGUUUGAUAAAAUGUCAACAGUCGGUGCUUCAGAGAAAGACGAUUCUGUUAUCAAAGCGAUGUCGGUUACAGGAAAAAAUUUCAUCUUCCGGAAAGGACAAGUAGGAGAUUGGAAAAACUGGUUUACAGUGGCACAGAAUGAAGCUUUUGACAGGCUUAUAGAAACUAAUAUGAAAGACUCAAAAUUGAAAUUUAGAUACGAAUAUAUCGUGAAAGACUGAUAAAAUAUGAUUUAGACAGAUAGCUGUUCCAAUAAGUUCGUAGUACCAAUCCAUUGGUGGAAUACCUUUGAGAGUUCUUUCCGGAUUUUUUUUUUUAUUAUUUUUUAAUUAUCAGUCUUCAUUAGUAAAAUGUAGUAACCUUCAAAGACAGGGGGAAAAUCUUCAUCAAGAAGAUGAAAUAUUGUUUAAAAACAUUAAAAAAAGACAAAUAGAAUAGGCUAGCGUCGCUUUUCCAUACAGCAUAACAUACAAUAUCGCGAAAAAUAUCAAAACUGCAUCAUUCAGCUUUUUCUUUCUUGCGGACAGUGAUUGUUCAGUAAUUCUAAGGGCCUAAGCGGGGAAAUACGGGAGGCAAUUGGGGAAAAUCAAAUGUAAUCGAAACAUUUUUCAAACAUAUGAAAAUGAUUAUUUAAACAUACAACAUUAAUCAUGUUCGUGUUAAAUAAUCAGAUGGUGAAUAAUAUUAUUAAAAUGACGUUUUCCGAGUCUAUUCAUAGAUAAAAGGCAUAUAACUAACUCAUUUUCUAGUAGUCAGAAUAUAAUCAUAUUAAAAUGGCGUGUGGACACGUUUUCCUGAGUCUAUUCAUAGCUAAGAGGUAUAUCAUUAAGUCAUUCUCCAUUAGCCAGAAUAUAAUAAUAUCAUUAAAAUGACGUGAGGACACGUUACCUGAAUCUCCUCAUAGACAAAAGGCAUAUCAUUAAGUCAUUCUCCAUUAGUCAGAAUAGUGUGUGAACUGGACAUUACAUUAAA